AUGGAGAGAAAAGAGGUUAUUUCAGGCCUACCAGAGGGAUUAGACAAGGGAUCCCCGUCCCCUUGUUUGUUCUUAUUGGUUUCUGAGGCACUCUCAAACAUUUUCAAAAAUGCUAUGCAUGAUCACAUAAUUUUUGGUCUUAAAAUUGCUCCUUCUAGCCCAAAUAUUGCCCAUCUAUUUUUGCAGAUGAUACCCUCAUUUUCUGUAAAGCUACAAAGGAAAAAAGUAAGUGCAAUCAUGCAGAUAUUGAUGAGUUAUGGGGAAGCAUCUGGGCAGGUUAUAAAUAUUGACAAAUGUUCUAUCUUUCAUAGCAAAAACACAAGUGAGGGAUGUAGGAAUGAGAUACUAAGCACACUAGGUGCAAUGAAUCAAGUCAAACAAAGCAAAUAUUUGAGUUUACCUAUGGUGAUUGGGAGGACAAAUAGACAAGUGUUUAACUAUAUCAGGGAGAAAGUGUCAAACAAGCUAAGAGGGUGGAAAGAGAAACUUCUAAGUAAUGCUGGAAAGGAAGUUCUACUGAAAUCAGUGGUAUUAGCAAUGCCUACUUAUGCAAUGGCCUACUGCAAAUUACCAAAGACUCUGUGUAAAAAUAUAUGUAAAGAGAUGGCAAAUUUCUGGUAG